AUGACUUGUGCAGAUCUGAAUGAAUGUGGCCUGAAACCCCGUCCCUGUGAGCACAGAUGUAUGAACACCCAUGGCAGCUACAAGUGCUACUGUCUUAACGGGUACAUGCUUAUGCCAGAUGGCAAAUGUGCAAGUUCCAGGACAUGUGCCGUAGUAAACUGCCAAUAUGGAUGUGAAGAAGUCCAAGACGAGGUGCAGUGUCUUUGUCCAUCAGGUGGCCUUCAAUUGGGACCAAAUGGGAGAACAUGCAUUGAUAUUGAUGAAUGCUCCAGUGGCAAAGCUCUUUGCUCUUACAACCGCAGAUGUGUCAACACGUUUGGGAGUUAUUAUUGCAAGUGUCAGCUUGGAUAUGAACUGAAAUAUGUCAAUGGCCAUUACAACUGUGUAGUUAUUCUAGUUAUCCCUGAGAAGUCAGUGAAGGAAAUUCCAAGAACUCCUGGAGCAGUUAAGGACACAAUUAAGAAACUUCUUGCACAUAAAAACACUGUGAAAAAACACGAAGCAAUGAAGAAUGUGAUCCCAGAACCAGCCAUGACACCAGCUUCUAAGACCCACUUGCAGCCAUUUGACUAUGGAGGUGGCAUCUAUCUUGGUGCCAGCUACACUGAGAAAGAGACUGAGGUUACUAGAGAAGAGGAGAUGGAGGAGACAGAAGAGGAGGAAAAGGAAGAUUUUGAGAAUCAGAUUGACCAAGAGCAAAGCCUUAGAGGAGACGUUUUUUUUCCCAAGGUUAAAGAAGCAGCUGCUUUUGGUCCUUUUCUGGCACAGAAGAAAGUUCCAGUAUCAACACCAGAGCAAGAAGUUGACUGCAGCUUCAGUCGUGGGGUCUGCGUCUGGAAACAGGAUACUGAUGAUGACUUUGACUGGAAUCUUGCUGAUCGAGAUAGUGGUGAUGGUUACUACAUGGCAGUUCCAGCCUUUGUGGGUCACAAGAAGGAUAUGGGACGACUAAAGCUUCUCCUUACUGAUCUCAAACCAAAAAGCAGCUACUGCUUGAUUUUCAGUUAUCGGCUUGCUGGUGAGAGGGUAGGGAAACUUCGAGUCUUCCUGGCCAGCAAAAGAACUGCUCCUGUCUGGGAGGAAAGCAAAGGAAAAGAUGAAAGGUGGAGAACUGGAAAAAUAGAAAUAUUUCAGGCAGCUGAAACAACCAACAGCAUCACUUUUGAAACAGAACGCGGGAAAGGCAAAACUGGAGAAAUUGGAGUGGACAAUGUUAUACUAGCUUCUGGUCUGUGCCCUGAAGAUACCUGAUAAUGGAGAUUUCAAUAUGUUUAUUUUAAUACUAUUUUAAUAUUUGUCUUACUA